AUGAAGUCGGCCAAGGCUCCCGCCGUGGAAGCGCCGUCGCACCGGAGGUCGCAGCCUGUCCGGCAGACGCGCACAAACCCUCCUCGAAGCUCGGCGACCGCUGCUCGCUCCGGCACCAGAGACUCGCUGGGCGGCCCAGUUGGGGACCAGCCCAUUGACAUCUUUCCUGCCAUUACGCACUUUGCCGAUACCAUUACCGCCCUCCCCAAAGAGCUUGUCCGACACUUUACUCUGCUCAAGGAGGUCGACGCCAAGAUCUUCGCUCCCCAGGAGCAGCUUUUCAAGCUUGUCGCCUCCGCGAGGACUUUCGCCGUUCCCGAAGCGCUGGCGAGCAAUGACGCCUCCAGCACGACGGCGCUGAGCUCUGCAGCCGCCAACACCCAGGCAAGCUCCAACGGAAUUGCGUUCAAGCAGCACCAUCAGCCCGUAAUCUCGACCGAAGAUACCAACGGCGGCGUGUUCGACCCCUCCAACCUCCAUCGCCGCCAGCUGUUCCGCCAGACCGCGAUCAAGAUACAAGAAAUGCUCGUGUCGCUAGAGGAGAAGAACCAUGUCAUUUCCACAGCGAAUGAGGCGUUGCAGAGGCAGCUGGCUCGCGCGGAGGAUGUAUGGCCAUAUCUAGAAAACGAAUUCAGCGACGAAGCGAAAUGGGGAAGCACCACACACUGGGCGUACCCCGAAAACCGCAAUGGCAAGUCUUCGGCGGCAGCUGAAAGAUCCAGGCGCGAUGGUGCGGCGGCGAUUUCGGCUGCUGCACAGGCCCUGGCAGAACAGGCCGCCGCUCGAAGCGACGCCAGAAAGCAGGCUGUCCAAGCCAAGAAGAGUCAAAAGGUGCAUGCCCUUGACUCCGAAGCGGAUGAUCAUGAUAGCCGGACCAAGGAUGGCAACAACAAGAAAACUAGCUCCAGCAAAGUUCGAAAGACGGCCGAUAGCAACAACGUUGGUUUAGGUAUCUCUACUGGAGCUUCUUCCAAUAACAACCCUCCCCAGAAGAGGCGCAAAGUAGACAAGGAAAAGGAAAAAGAAAAAGACAAGGACAAGGGCCAAGACAAGGAGAAAGCUGUUGCCAGUGGUGGAGAGGCGCCACAGAUGGAGCGUGCCAUGAGCCUCGUCUUUGGGAACAACUCAUCCAAAACAAAGCCCACCACGAGCCCUCGAGAGACUCCAGCUCCAGAGGUGCCCAAGAAACGCAAGGCUCUGCCUACAAGCAGCGGCCAAUCCAAGAAAAAGUACGGCCUUGUCUAUUCUCAUUCCCUACCUCUCUAUCUGCUCUUUGACCUAGACUAUGGUACUGACUGCCUCGUGCCUUUUUCCAGGAAUGCUCUAUCCGCUACCAUGUCCCCGUCAGCUGCGUCGUCUCCUGUCCUAGGAGUUUUGCCAGAGACAAAGGUGCCAACAAGCCGCCCGUCACCGGCGCCGGCGCCGGCACCCACGCCCGCCCCUCGUCCGACGACGUCCCGCGCGCGACAGAAUUCUAUACAGUCAAACUCGGAAACCAGCAAGGCCAGGCCCCCUUCGUCGGCAGCGAAGAAGACAAACGGGAAUAUCCCCAGCACGCCGGAAAUCACACCGGCCGCAAACUGGUCACGCCCUGGCCAUGACUCGGAACCUAGCAAGGAACCCGCGGUAACGGUCAAGACUGAGCCAUCGCCAAAGGAGCCAGAGCAAGUAGAGGACAAGCCUGCGGCGACCCCUAUCCCUCCUGCUAUUACCACCACCUCCUCCCUCAGCCGCCGGAAUAGCAGGGUGGACGAGACGGACCGCAAGAGCGAGCCUACUCAGUCUACAUCGCAAAGCACGGGAAUGGUCACGACCAAAAGUGGUAGAGCAAGCAAGCCAUCCACCCCGGCUCUACCCAGUUUCCAAGACGCGGCCGCCGCCAGGCCGCGGACGACGCGCAAUGCUGAGCCAACGGGCAAUGGCAAAAAGACUCAGCAGAAGAAGGGCGUUGCAGGAGCACAGGCUCUGGCUCAGCUUGUGGAUGAGGACGGAAACAGCAGCAUGCAGGGCGACGACGGCGACGAAGAUGCCGAUGUUGACGCAGACGAAGCGACCUACUGCUACUGUAACAGCAUCAGCUAUGGUGCCAUGGUUGCGUGCGAUUCUGACGACUGUGCUCGCGAAUGGUUCCAUUUGGCCUGUGUGGGCCUAAAGGUUGCGCCAAGUUCGAAAACCAAAUGGUACUGCCCAGACUGCAAGGAACGCCUCAAGAUGGGCAGCAAGAAGAAUGGUAGCCGAUAG